GAACAACGCGUCAUAUUCCGCCAUUGUGGAUAUAGCAUACGCGUGGCGCCGUUCAUUGUUGGAUACCCUGUUGUACACAGUGUUAUUUUUGAGAAAUUUCGUGUACGUUGCAAACAAUCGUUAAUAAACUUCAGUUUUCUUAAGUUGUGUUAGAUCGUAAGUGAACGACACUGCCAAUUGCAUACGAGUUAAAAUAUUUGUUCAGUCAUGGCAGACAGAUCAAGUAACGGCGAAUAUAAGUAUCAGAGAGACGAUAGCAUGGAAAACAAACCACGGAUUCCACUUGAGAAAGAACGCGAUGAAAAGGAUCAUCAAGCAGACAAGGCUGGUGAAUAUGUACGUGAACUUCUACAAGAAAAGCUUGAGCUUGACGCUCAAAAGUGGCCCAAUGCUCAUCGUUUAAUCGACCAGGAGAUUCAAAAAACUCAAGCUAUUGGGAAGCCUCUGAGGGACCCCAAAUAUGUGGACAUUUAUCGAGAGAAGCCAAUUCGCGUAGCAGUAAAGGUUCUGGUGCCAGUCCGGGAACACCCUAAGUUCAACUUUGUUGGAAAAUUGUUGGGUCCUAAGGGUAACUCCAUGAAACGGCUACAGGAAGAAACUAUGUGCAAGAUGGCUGUAUUAGGACGAGGAUCGAUGAAAGAUAGGCAGAAAGAGGAGGAAUGCCGUCAAUCCCUGGAUCCAAAAUACGCUCACCUUUCUGAUGAUCUUCACGUUGAGAUUGCUGCAUUAGCGCCACCAGCGGAAGCUCAUGCUCGUAUCGCUUUUGCCCUGGCUGAAGUUAGAAAGUAUCUUAUCCCGGACAAUAAUGAUAAUAUCCGUCAAGAACAGAUGCGCGAGAUGGAAUUAAGCAUGGCCGAAGAUCCCACAGCUGCUGAAGAAAGGAGGCCGUCAGCACGCGCCGGUGGCAUUCUUAGGCCAACCAGUAGACCUGCAGUACCUAGGUCCUCCCGUGCUAUUCUUCCACCUCCUUCAAGUCGAGGCCCAAUAACACGUCCAGUGCCAGCCAAAACAAAAGUGUUUUCCAUAUUAGAUCGUGCAAGAGUUGCCAUGGACCAAAGUUAUGGAACCUCAUCCCGUAGGUAUGAUGCACCAACUCCGCCGCCAAGCAGUCGCGUAGCCUCGCAUCAUGAUUAUGAUUAUCACGCCUCAUCAAGUAGUAGUAGCCGGUAUGCUGAUCGUCACUAUACCUCAUCUUCUGUGGAUGAACUCUACCCUUCCUCGAGAUAUACUACCUAUGAGUAUGAGGAUGAUGCCGUGCCACAUUCAUCACACGAAUAUUACGAGUCAUCGGAUUAUCCGGAGGAAUCAUCGAGCCGCGCAUGGAAGUCGUACAAGACAACAACUACAUCGGGCUCGAGCUCGCGCUAUCGCAACGCUCCGUAUUCCCGACCUUCCAAGUAAAACCUUCCGUUUCCUCUUCAACGUGUCCACAUCUGUGUUGUGGGUGGUAUGUACUGAAAAAAGCUGGGAUGUUAAAUCGCUAAAAUAUUGAUAAAGUAACAAUUACCAGCAUAACUUAUAAAACUUCUAUCCAUCCUCUCCUCAGCGAAACAUCAUCUCUUCCAUUAACGAGUGCGCACUUUCCUUUGACGUCUUUAUUCUUUACAAGAUCUAAAUCAUUGAACACUUAAUCUUCUUCAUAAUAAUACCCUUUACCAAUACAGCAUUCCGUAAGCCAUGGUAAAUGUCUUUAAAGGAAUGAACAGCGCAAGUCCGAAUAUGAAUGAGUCAUGACGAUAUGACAACGUGAAUUUUAGCAAAAAUAUCACAGUCACUACGGUCAGAGAAAAAGAAAAUUAAUUACUAUUAAAACUUUUUUAUAUAAAAAAUAUACGAAAUCUGAACUUUACAUAAAAGAGUAUGAAACCACAAUAAAACGAUGAGAUUAAAUAAGUGAGCACUAAAUACUGAAUUUCCGCCUCCAUUUUUUAAUCUAAACUCUCAGUAUAUAUGUAAAUUAAAUGAAAACAAUGAAAUGGAGAAAAAAUAGGAAAGCAAAGGAUAAAAAUUCUCAGAAAUAUUCACAAGUUAGUUUCUCUACAAAUACAAAACCUAAAGCGCAUAUUUUUAAGUCUUCUCAAAAUUAAAAAUCCUAUCCUUAACCCUCUCCUCAAGAUGAGACAACGCUAUGGAGCUAACUAAUAACGAAGAGUAAAGGAUCAAGAGGAUCGGUGGGAUAAAAUAAGUAAACCUUUAGAUAAGCGUUUCAAAUGAUUUGUUUAUUAAAACAUUAAGGAUAAGGCGGUAAGCGAGAGUUCGCGCUGUGUAUGUAUGUUAAUAUUUCUCGAUCAAUUAGCUUUAUUCAUAUUUGUAAUUAUCAUAUCCUUUUUCGUAUACUAUUUAAAAUUUAUCUUAGAAUCGACUUAUGUCACUGAGGCAUACAAAUCGUAAAAACUAGAAUCUCUUACCCGACUAUUCAUACUUUCUUCUUUUUUUUUCAUUCUUACUCGUUCUUCAAUUUCAAUUGAAAAUUAAACAUGGCCAUACUAUAAAUACACAGUGCAGACUUCGUAUCCGUCGUAAUAAUGACUCACUACGAUAAUAUUUAAUAAAACCCAAUUAGUUCAAUUUAAUUUCAUUAAUUAAACGGAUGCAAUUUGUAUAUCUAUUAAAAACAAAAUAUACAUCGCAAAACGAAAAACAUAAAUAAAGGACAAACAUCAAUCUUUA